AUGAAUGGAAAAUGCUGGAUCGUGCUCUCCCUCGUCCUUGUCCUGGUUGACGCCGUUUGCUAUUCAGCGGCUGCCCCCAGCCGCGCACAGUGCUGGCUUAACUAUUCGCAGAUCCAUUACAUCUCGAUACCGCACGAUCUGGAGUCCGACUAUGGGGCUAUUGUGAAAGAACUGGGCACUGGCACAACGGGCUCGGUGCUUCUGCUUCUGCGUCACACCGAUAAUGCUACGGUAGCGGUCAAACGUUUCCACAACGCCGCCGGGGACCAAGGUGAGGGCUUCGCGCGAAGAGUGAAGCUUGAGUACCACCUUGGAACUCUGCUAAACGGCCAUGCCGGCAUAGCAGAGAGCCUUGAACUUCUCCUGGAAACCCGUUCGUCAACUUGGUUUCUGGCGACAGAGUUUUGUCCUCGGAGCCUUGCAAAGGAACGUCUAUCCACCAGCUUAGAGUGUCUUACCAAGAUAUUCCGCGGGAUCCUCGAGGCUGUUGAGCAUAUGCACGCCCGGGGCAUAUCACACGGAGAUCUCAAGUUAGAAAAUGUCCUUUUGACGGCCGACGGAAGGCCCAAGUUGAUCGACUUUGGUGCUGCCACCUUCUCACAAUGCCCAACAGAAACCCCCGGCUUGGCAGACUCCGUCAACGUCGUCCCCGGAGACUAUGGCACCACGGCCUACAUGCCACCAGACGUUUUUACGCAGCUCGAAUUCGACAAGGAGAAAGCCGACGUGUGGGCCCUCGGCAUUCUGUUCUAUGCGAUGAUCAUCGGCUCUGUUCCUUGGUCCUCUGCUUCAAUCCAUGACCCCCGCUAUCAAGCCUACGUGACACCGGGGCCGCUCGAAGACAGCUUGAGUUCAGGCCAUUGUCCCAGUUUGGAAAAAUCGACGAUCAGUCUCGAGACCUGUUCCAAUGGAGCUUUUCACAUACUACAGAAGCUACCAUCUGAAGCAAGGGACUUAAUUGCCUCAAUGCUGGUGCCCGAACCUCUGGACAGGCCCUCACUCCAAACUCUGUUAGCUUCUAUACCACAGACAUGA